AAUUAUCAACUAAUGAACUUGAAAUUAUUAAAAAACCUAACAAUAGAAAAAAUGCUGGAAGAAAACCUGCAAAUAAUGAUGAUAAACUUGCACAAGAAAAUAAAAAAGCAUAUAAUAAUCGUGUUGCACAACGAGUAUACCAAACCAAUAAACAAAAAAAGAUUAAUGAAUUAGAAAUUAAAGUUAAAGAAUACAAAGAUUUUAAUGAAAGAUUAAUGAUGGAUUAUAAUACAUUAAAAGAAAGUAAUGAAAGAUUAAAAGAAAGUCAUGAAAAUAUAGAAAAAGAAUAUAAUCUAUUAAAACAGAUUAAUUCUAACGAAGAAUGUAGAAUUGAGAUCAUGGAAGAUGUAGAAGAAAAUAGUAUUACGGAUGUUCAAAAUAAUGUUUAUCAUAAUAAGAUUAGUUCAAUAGAAGUAAAUGAUGGAAAUAUCGAUUUAGGCAUUACAAAGAUUAACGGAAAUUUCAGGGUUUUUUUUAGAUAA